AUCCAAGCCUAAAACAAGAUGGAGUCAGUCCGAAGAGGUAGAUCGACAAACAUCCUUGAAAAACCGCUCAGUAAAGGACGGAAUGAGAUAAAUGUAAGGACUUUUGGCUUGCUGUUUUCGGAGAUGGUUCAGUAUUGCCAAAACAGAGUUCACACUGUACCGGAACUUCAAAGCAAGUUGUCAGAAUUAGGCCAACAAGUGGGUUCCAGAAUACUCGAUGUGUUGGUGUUGAGGGAGAAAGGAAUGAAAAGGGAAGUGAGAGUACUAAACAUUCUCCUUUUCAUCAAGUCAGUUUUGUGGAAAUCUUUAUUUGGCAAAGAAGCUGAUAAGUUGGAGCAAGCCAAUGAUGAUGACAAAACAUAUUAUAUAAUUGAAAAAGAACCUCUAGUCAAUAAGUUUAUCUCAGUUCCAAAGGACAAAGGAAGUCUGAACUGUGCAUCUUUCACUGCUGGCAUAGUUGAAGCUGUGUUACAUGGAUGUAAUUUUCCUGCAAAAGUAACUGCACACUGGCAUAAAGGAACAACUUUGAUGAUCAAGUUUGAAGAGUCGGUAAUACAGAGAGACAAGUCUAUGGAUGGGAGAUGAGAAAAUGAACUGUAAAUAAUGAAAACAUCGACAAGAUUGCAAAAAAAAUUUUUUUGGAAAGUUCAGCAUGAAAAUAAUUAAUUAAAAAGUUAGUUGUGAAAAUAGUUGUUUUUAGAAGCCUAAGUUAUAAAUAAAGUGGCAAUAGAAACAGG